AUGGGCCUGCUCAUGAUUUUCCAAAAGAAUGAAAAAUUAUAUAACAUGGUCGGUUUCGGCCGUCAAUACCAAUUUGUCGGCACCCAUGAACCCUAAUUUGCUCACGUCACCUUCUACCCCUAACCCUCUCUCUGUUCUAUCGAAACACAAUAAUAAUAUCUUAAUCAGUUGAGGCUCAAUUCAAUUUGGUAAUCACAUAUUUCAGAUUCAAUGACUCAUAAUCAGCCUGAUCAACGCAAGCAUUUUGCUUCGCAUUGGUCUAUGGAAGCUAUUCAUGCUGCAUUAGAGAAAGGCGAUGUGUUCAAAUCGAUGUUUAGAGUGAAUGCGCAUAAUCGGAUUGAGGCCUAUUGCAAGAUUGAUGGAUUGCCGGUUGAUGUUCUUAUUAGUGGAUUUCCUAGCCAGAAUAGAGCUGUAGAAGGAGACAUUGUUGCAAUUAAAGUAGAUCCUUUUUCAUCUUGGACAAAGAUGAAAGGGUCAAGUGCAGUGGAGGACAGUUACGUAAACGAUAGGGUUCAAAGUGAAGAUGUCGGUCAAGAGCUAAUUGAAAAUAACCAUCCAGCUGCUUGUUCUUCUAGUGAAAGAAGAGAAGCCAUACCUCUAGUAGAAAAGUUGUGCGCUACGAUAAAUUCAUUUCCAACAAAACGGCCAACAGGUAGAGUUGUGGGUAUCAUUGAAACGUCUCCCCGGAGGAAGUCUAUUGUUGGUUUUCUUAGAAUAAAGCCAUGGUUAUUUAACUGGAAGAAAGACACCAAGAAAUCUAGACUUGUAUUAUUAUCUCCAAAACGUGACUACAUCCAACUUGUAUCCACUGAUCCAAAGUUUCCUAAAAUGAUGGUGGCCGUGAAAACGUUGCCAAACAGCAUUAUGGAAAGGUUAGACAACUGUGACUUAACACUUGAAAUGGACCUCAUUGCUGCAGAAAUCGUUGAAUGGAAUGAAGAGUAUGAUAGUCCAUUAGCUCAUGUUAUUCACAAUUUUGGAAGAGGUGGAGAGGCAGAGUCACAGAUUUCCGCCAUUUUAUUUCAAAACGAAAUUAAUACUUCUGACUUCACUCCCGAUGCAAUUUCUUGUAUACCUCAUGUUCCUUGGAGAAUACCCGAAGAGGAAUUUCACCGUAGAAUAGAUUUAAGGAACCUGUGCGCAUUUACAAUUGACCCCGCCACUGCAUCCGAUCUUGAUGAUGCUCUUUCAGUUGAAAGGUUACCAAAUGAUAUUUACAGAGUAGGUGUUCAUAUUGCAGAUGUAUCAUAUUUUGUUCCGCCACACACUGCUUUGGAUGAAGAAGCACAAAUCCGAUCCACAAGUGUGUAUUUAAAGCAUUAUAAGUUACCGAUGCUGCCAUCGUUGCUUGGUGACAAAUUAGGCUCGCUUAUUCCCGGGGUGGAAAGACUUGCCUUUUCCAUAAUAUGGGAUAUUAAUCGUGAUGGGGAGGUUCUAGAUCGUUGGAUCGGUCGUACCAUUAUGCAAUCUUGUUGUAAGCUCUCGUAUGAACAUGCUCAAGACAUUAUUGAUGGUACUUUGAACGUUGAGGGGCUCCAACUGCAUGGGAAUUUCACAUGGUCGGAUGUGGUUACCUCUGUAUGCACUCUUGAUGAGUUAUCUAAAGUUUUGAAAGAAAAUAGGUACAAAGAUGGUGCUUUGUCUCUUGAAAACGCUAGAACCGAUUUCUUGUUUGAUCAAGAUGGCAUCCCGUAUGAUAUUGUUUUCACCGGAAGGAAGAAAUCCAACUUUCUUGUUGAAGAAUUUAUGCUUUUGGCUAAUACGACAGCUGCUCAAGUAAUAACUAGGGCUUACCCUUCUUGUGCAUUGUUAAGAAGACAUCCCGAACCUAAUGUGUCAAAGCUUAGAGAUCUCGAAUCUUUUUGCAGUAAACAUGGUUUACAGUUGAACGCUUCUAGUUCCAGUGAGCUAAAUCAAUCUUUGGAGAGAAUACGGCACGAAUUGAAGGACGAUUCCGUCUUUUUUGACGUUCUUAUGAACUAUGCUACAAAGCCAAUGCAAUUGGCAACUUAUUUCUGCAGCGGGGACGUGAUAGAUAACGGUAAAGAUUGGGGUCAUUACGCAUUGGCGGUCCCGCUUUACACACACUUCACUUCUCCAUUAAGACGUUACGCUGAUAUUGUUGUGCAUCGGACAUUGGCUGCGACAUUGGAAGCAGAAGUCAUGUUGGACUUGAACGAGAAGAAAUUGGCUAAAAGAUGCUUUACGGGCUUGCGUUUCAAUAAAGAAGAAGUGGAAAGUUUUGACGCUCAAAAGGCGUUGGCGUAUGCAGCAAUGAAAUAUGUUGUUCCGGGCACAGAUGUACUUGCUGAUGUUGCCGCCUAUUGCAAUGCAAGAAAACUGGCCAGUAGGCAUGUAAAGGAUGCUACUGAUAAACUAUAUAUGUGGCUGUUGCUGAGGAACAAGGAGGUUUUCCUUUCAGAAGCUAGAGUGUUGGGGUUGGGACCAAGAUUCAUGUCUAUAUAUGUCACCAAGCUAGCUAUUGAGCGACGGAUAUACUAUGACGAGGUUGAGGGUCUUACUGCCGAAUGGCUCGAUGCUACGUCAACAUUGGUACUUAAUUAUCAUCCAAACAACCGCUCACAUAAAAAAGGAAGCAGUUGCAAGUUUAAAGCGAUCGACGAGGUUGCUAUGCUUACAUUUCCAUACAGCAACAUGGUAUCAUCAAAGAAUCCAGACAUCGAGCCAGCAGUCUUUCCCCUAGUGUUGCAUAUUCUCUCAACCGUACCUGUUGCACUUCAUCCUAUUGGUGGGGAUGAUGGCCCUAUUGAUAUAGGGGCAAGAUUAUGCAUGAGCUCAUAUUUUUGUUGAUUUUGUAUACAAAGGGGGCUGUUGUAGAUAUAGAUAACAGGUUUUAUGAUAUUGUUUGCUCAGUACCUGCUUGUUUUUAAACCAAAGCAGACUACUGUGCAAGAUUCAUGAUGGUGGAUGUGUCGGUUAUUUAUCAUCGUAGACCAGUUCCACCGACUGAAGCUAGAACUAGAUGAUGUCACAUGAAAUUUCUGCUUUUAGAUUUCACUUUUGCAAAUUUUACGUACAGUUCUGCUCAGUAAUGCUUACAGAUGUUGGUUGA